CUUCUUUGGGCUACUGAUGAACACCAGGAAGGGGGGGGGGUUGAUUUGGCCAAAAAAAAAAAAAGCCCAACCGGCGAUCGGGUGCACAUCCGGAAUCGCCACGAAUAACAUUAGUGCGCCUUCUGAUCCCCCUUUUUAUUUAGUUUUUUAAAUUAAUUUAUUCUUUUUUUCCUUAGUUGAUGUUUUACAUUAACACUCCGGGAGGGCAGAAAUGGCGGCCAACAUGUACCGGGUCGGAGAUUAUGUAUUUUUUGAGAACUCCUCCAGUAACCCUUACCUGAUUCGGCGAAUAGAAGAACUCAACAAGACGGCCAGUGGGAAUGUGGAGGCCAAGGUGGUGUGCUUCUACAGGAGGAGGGACAUCUCUCACAGCCUCAUCCAGCUGGCGGACAAACAUGCAAAGGAAUUGGAGGAGGAGAAGGAGAACCCCACAGAGACGGAGCUGACGGACAAACAGAAACACCAGCUACGCCACAGAGAACUCUUCCUCUCGCGGCAGUACGAGAGUCUACCAGCGACACACAUCAGGGGGAAGUGCAGCGUGGCGCUACUGAAUGAGACUGAAGCGGUUCUUUCAUACCUAGACAGAGAGGAUACCUUUUUCUACUCGCUGGUGUAUGACCCAACGCAGAAGACCCUGCUGGCCGACAAAGGAGAGAUCCGGGUGGGGCCACGCUUUCAGGCGGACAUACCGGAAAUGCUUCAAGAGGGUGAAGCAGAUGACAGGGACCAGGCCAAACUCGAGGAGAAACUCUGGGACCCGGAGUGUCCGCUCAGCAACAAACAGAUAGACCAGUUUCUGGUAGUGGCACGGGCGGUCGGUACGUUCGCUCGGGCGCUGGACUGCAGCAGCUCGGUGCGACAGCCAAGUUUACACAUGAGCGCUGCGGCGGCGUCACGCGAUAUCACGCUGUUCCACGCCAUGGACACGCUGCACUCUUACAACUACGACCUGUCGAGCGCGCUGAGCGUACUGGUGCCAGCGGGCGGGCCCGUGCUUUGCAGGGAUGAGAUGGAGGAGUGGAGCGCCUCAGAGGCGGCCAUGUUUGAGGAAGCGCUAGAGAAGUACGGCAAGGACUUCAACGACAUCCGACAAGACUUUCUUCCCUGGAAGUCUCUGACCAGCAUCAUAGAAUACUACUACAUGUGGAAGACCACAGACAGAUAUGUGCAACAGAAGAGGCUGAAGGCGGCCGAGGCGGAGAGCAAGCUCAAGCAAGUUUAUAUUCCCACAUAUAAUAAGCCCAACCCCAACCAGAUCUCACUGACCAAUGGAAAAAUGGCGACUGUGAACGGAGCCGGGCCCGGAGCCUUCCAUGCAACAGGCGGGGGUCGGGCAUGUGAGAGCUGUUACACCAUGCAGUCGGCCCAGUGGUACUCGUGGGGGCCGCCCAACAUGCAGUGUCGCCUGUGUGUGUCCUGCUGGAUGUACUGGAAGAAGUACGGCGGGCUGAAGAUGCCGAGCCGAGCCGAGGCUCCCGAGGAGAGGACCUCACCCACCCCGGCCAGCAAUGAGCCCAGGUCGCGGAGUCACGCCCCGCGCCAGUCCAACCACAUUCCCAUGCGGAACAGCGGCAGCCCCAAGUCCUCCAUGAAGACAAAGCAGGCAUUCCUGCUGCAGGCCACCCGGCUCACCAAGCUGGCACGGCACAUGUGCCGCGACGUCAUCAGGCUACGCCGUGCCGCACGCCGCCCCUUUGUUCCCAUUAACUGUGGGGCCAUAAAGGCAGAGUAUAUCUCAAGGGUGUCAGAAGGUCAUGGGACCCGCCUUCCCAAAAUCAGAGCCGCCCAAAGGAGCACCCUGACCAGCGUCGUGCAGUUUCUAGAGUCCCGUCCGGCAGCCCAGGCCCCUCGAUCCCACCGCACGCCCGGCCUGCAGACGCCGCCGCCUCGACGCCUCCUCUCCUCCCUCCCCCACGGGCCCCACGGCAUGCUGGGAAAACGCAGCUUCCAUCACCACAGCAGGGUGGAGCCAGACAGGCGCCCAGAGAAUCCGGGAACAACAGGUGGAACGCUCCUGCAUAACGGCCGCAGCAGUAGUGGCGGCGGCAGUGGCGGCGGCGGCGGCGGCAGCACCCGGGGAGGAGUCAUGAUCCGAAAGAGGCGCCCCAACUGGAUUGACGCCCCCGACGACAGUUUUUUCCUCGUGACCCGGGAGACCAGGAGGGCCAGGCGGAUGCUGUCGCGUUCCCAGCUCAGACACGCUUGUCGGCAGCCCUGCGAGCAGAUCACCCUACGCAGGGCUUCCCAAGGGGCGCCACAGGGGCUGGUACUGGGACCCCCGCAUCCUCAUCCCAGCCUGAGGAUGCGAGGCCCCAUCGUCAUCCAUGACUGACUGACCCUCGACUCUUCUCGCUGAAAAUCCAGACCCAUUUAACUAUUGCUCCGGUAUGGGGACAUCAUAAGACCGCCACACAAUCGAGACAUACGCUUUUACACGCCCCCUCCCACAGCCCCCACACCAUCCUGACAUGCCAUAUUAUUAGGUACGCCUUGAUUUGAACUUAUAUGCAGCAUGAGCAUCUCCAGGUCCAAGUAUGAAUCAGGUUGAAGUCUCAAUUCAAAACCUCCACUGAAAAACAACCAAAUUUCGCUGCAUUUGCCACUGGAGUAUUUGAGAAGGCAGUUCCAUUUGAGAGCUAAAUUCUAUGAAUAGCUAAUAGCUAAAACUAUGAAGUUGUACCGGACAGACCGGCCCCAGUGUAUAAAAUACAUGUAUGCAUGGGUGUGUAUGUCGCGAUGGUGUUAGCUGCCCUGGCAACGGCAGGGGACCUGAAUGCCGCGAUGAUGGAUGGGACUUUUGUGUUGUGACCUGUGACGUUUUGUCUUUUUUGUAUAAAGUUGUUUUUUUUCUCUAAGGAUGGGCAGGAAUUUGGAAAUGAAGGCAAUGUGGGGUCAUUUUUGUUUUACAAAAUUAAAAAAUCAAUGAAUUGCCAUGUAGUAAGACUCCAAAUCUGAAUCCAAUUAGUGUUCAUCCUCAGCCACGUGGGAUAUACAUAUGUAAUAUAGAAUAACAAACAGUGGCAGGAUCAUCAGGAGGCAAACCCCCACAUCAAAAAUGCACCAUGUAAAGAUAGACCACAUCUGCUAUCUUUUCAUUUGCGCUUUCAUCGACAAAAUACACAAAAGACCAGACGACACGUUCAGGGACAUUCAUAUUUCUCAAUAUGAAAUAUUAUUUAAAAGCGGGGGAAAUAAUUUCAAAUAAAUAUGACGGGGGGGGGGGGGCAUUUUUGUACAGGACAUACAGUUAAACUUGUUAAAUGAACAAAUUGAAUGGAUGACUGCAUAGUGAUAAUUAAUAUUCUGUAUUAUUGUAACCACGAUGAUGUUAGCAGUCCAUCCACUCAACCACCGUGCUGCCAUGUAAGCAGUCAAAUGCGUCAAUUAUGUGAAAUAAUGAAAUUGAAACAUUUUGACCUCAUUUAGAUUCCCCCAGGACAAUAUCGCUGCAUUCAAUGUCUCCAUGUACUACACUCCACUGUAAAUUCUACUCAUUCUAUUUCUAUGGCAUCACUGCAGCUUGUUCAUGUUGGGGGGUGGGGGGUUACUUUGCUUUUUGUUUGUAUUUUAAAAACAGGCAUGUCUUUCAGGUGACACAACGUGAUCCUGUGAGUUGUUGCGUUUGAAUUCAGAAUGUUUCUCGUAUGUGGUGUUCUGUUAUGAAUAUGCUGCUGCUGCUGCUGCUGAUGAUGAUGAUGAUGAUGAUAAUAAAAGUAACAAAAUGGUAGAUCAUGCUGGCCUU